AUGGACUUUCAAUAGCGACCCGAUGUUUCACAAUGAUCGAACUAAGGUCAUUACUAAUUCGACCCGAUUACAUUUGACUUAACGCAACCGUACAUGAAACCUAAAUAAACCAGCGCAACCCGGGCAAAAAAAAUAUCAACGGGUGAUCAUAUCCGAGAUUGUAUCGGUUCAUAAAUGGAACGCUCAGACCUGUUCGGCACCCGGGAAUCCAAUGAUUCAAAUGUGUUCGACCUAGUUGAACAAAACCUGACCAAUCAUGACCUGGGACACUGACAAUCAGAAUCCUGACCUGUCCGGGUAUGACCUGGUUCACCCUGGGUAUACCCAGAACCUGUUUGAGAACCUGUUUUGACACCACUAAUUGACAUGACUUAUGAGUAGGUCUCACGCUUCGACGAGGGUAACAAAAUUAGCUGUCUUCUAUCUGGCAAUCCUACAAACAAAACCCACGUGGAAAAGUUGUUUUUUAUUUAAUUUUGGAUAGCGCACACAAGAAGUCCUUCUAUAGAAGGAAAGGAAUUAAGGAAAUACUUAUAUUUAAGUUUUGACCAGCUUUUUAUAUGUUCUCUUCAGCGUGGACCAUCUAACCCGUGUGUGAAAGGUGUGGACUUUUAUGUUUUCUCUCUACUCCCUACUUCAUAUAUAAGCUCAUUCACUUGUAAAUUCAGUGUCCAAUACCCCCCUUAUCUCAAAUUCAUCCAAAAAAAAAAAAAAAAUUCUAUUAUUAACUUCGUAGUAGUAUUUUAGUUUCUAUUUUUUUUUACCAAUAUACCCUUAACUACAAAAGAAAACUAUAGUACCUACUCUUUUAUUAAUAUUUUUUAAAAAAACAAAAACCCAUCUAAUAAAAGCAUAUUAGUUACCCAUUUUCCUUUCAUCGGUCGAAACAGAGUGCAUAUAAAGACUAGUAAUAAUAAUGGAAGCAGUAAAAACUGAAAGACCAGAUUGUUGGCCAUUGAGUUUUGAUCAAGAGAUGAAUAUCAUGGUAACAGCUUUAAAGCACGUGAUUUCAGGUAUUAAACCACGUGAAGAUUUGGAUGGGUCCCAAUUUGUAGAAGAAGCCAUAAGAAAUAAUCAGAGAUUAUCGACGUGUUCUCCUUCAUGUUCUGCCACGACUCCAGUACUCCCGCCAAAUUAUGAAAAUACAAAUACCAGUCCUAGUAUCAACGGAAAGAAGAGGAAGAGAAAGUAUAAGAAGAACAAAUACAGGGGAGUACGGCAAAGACCAUGGGGAAAAUGGGCAGCUGAGAUUCGAGACCCACACCGGGCGGUCCGAGUGUGGCUCGGAACGUUCCACACCGCCGAGGAUGCCGCUAGGGAGUAUGAUCGAGCUGCUGUCCGAUUUCGAGGUCCACAUGCUAAGCUUAAUUUCUCACUCUCUAAUUACCUUCCACAAAUUCAAGACCAGCAAAAACAGGAUAAUCAUAAUUAUGUUGAUAACCACCAACAGCAACAAGAACAGCAGCAACAGAGUAUAAAUGAAGUGAAUAAUGAGAAUGUAAUUAAUAGUAAUCAAGAGGAACAGAGUUUUGUGCAGAUCACUGAUGGUGAGGAACUAGACCAUUGGGUGAAUGCCUUGAUCGACAAUACCCUUCCUCAGUUCCUUCAAGAGGAACCACCUUUCAGAAGAAACAAAUAGGUGUAAUUUCAUGUAUAAAUUCGGAAUUUCCUUUAUUGUUUUUACUUUUGUAUGUAGGAUUUUUUGGGAGGGAAGGGGGUUAUAUCUCCAUUUUAUUUAUUUUUUACAAAGAUCACGGUCCAAAAUAGUUAGUAAGAAAAUUAGGUGUAAUUUAGACCUUAUAGAAUUUUUUUUAGGUGAAAUUGCUUGUUAUUUCUUUCAUCAUUUGCUGAUGAUGCCUGAUGGAAUAAAUUCAAAUAUAGAAGGAUAAAGUUUGGGCAUCAA